AAACUGGUUCAGCUUUGCGCACGCGUAGAUGAAUAUUUCCGCUGCCCAACUCAACUUCCUCAUUGGUAAAGAUAGGAAAGUAUUGUACGGUCGAGUAGCGUUUCUUUCCGAAACAAAACACAGUUCGUAUCGUUUCACUUUAUCACCGAGCCUCGAAAAUGUCGAAGCCUCCUCCCAAGCCGGCCAAACCAGGCCAAGUCAAGGUAUUCAGAGCAUUGUUCACCUUUGACCCCAGAACACCAGAUGAGCUGUACUUUGAAGAAGGAGACAUCUUGUACAUCUCAGACACAAGUGAUACUAAUUGGUGGAAGGGGACAUGCAGAGGACGGACAGGACUCAUUCCAAGUAACUAUGUGGCUGAGCAGGCUGAGACCAUUGACCAUCCAAUGCAUGAAGCAGCCAAACGAGGCAAUUUGAGCUGGUUGAGAGAAUGUGUUGAAAACAAGGUUGGAAUCAAUGGCCUGGAUAAGGCAGGAAACACGGCCCUCUACUGGGCAUGCCACGGAGGACAUAAAGAUGUCGUGGAGCUGUUACUAAACCAGCCCAGUGUGGAGCUCAACCAACAGAAUAAACUUGGAGACACUGUUCUGCAUGCUGCUGCCUGGAAAGGUUAUUCUGACAUUGUGGAAAUGUUACUGGACAAGAAUGCAAGGACAGACAUCAGGAACAAUGAGAAUAAGCUGGCUCUGGAAAUGGCCACCAAUGCCCAGUGUGCGUCACUUCUCAAACGGAAGCAGGGAACCAAUGUCACCCGCACACUAAGUAAUGCUGAAGAGUAUUUGGACGAUGACGACUCGGACUGAGCUGUCCCUGCUGAUACAUCGUCACUGUCUUCCAUCGGGUUUGUGGGGGCUGUGGAGCUUGUGGAGUUAUUACAGACCUAAAAUGGAUUUGCUGCUCCAUUUCAAACGUAACUCCAUUUUAGGUCUGUCAUUUUGUAAAAACACCUUGGUUCAUGAACCUUGUGCAUCAGUGUGAAUUUCAAAGUACUGAAUUAUUGCAUUUUACAGUUCACCUGUUUGCUAAGUGUCUUUCCACAUGUGAGGGGUUUGUCUUGGUGCAUCAUACACAGUGGGCUGAGGGGCAGAAUAAACACUCACCAGCCACUUUAUUAGGUGCAACUGUAUAAUUUUAUGCAGUUCAGUGUAACAGUUCAGCCUUAACAUUUGUGUUUAUGGAGCUCAAAAUGUUUCAGUUUUUGAUGAAACUGUUAUAAAUGUAUAAACUCAAUUAUAUGUUUAUUAUUGAGCUCAUAGUUAAAGGUGGUGGUGUACUGGACUACAUUAUAUUCAGAGGUGUUCCUAAUAUUCUGACCCUCAUAUGUAGCUAGGGAGGACAAAAAUAUAGAGACACCUCUGAAUAUAAUGUAGUCCAGUACACCACCACCUUUAACUAUGAGCUCAAUAAUAAACAUAUAAUUGAGUUUAUACAUUUAUAAUCAAAAACGGAAACAUUUUGAGCUUCAUAAACACUGAUGUUGUGGUGGAAGUGUUGAAUUGAAACACAUACAAUUUUAGCAGGUGUACCUAUUAAAGUGGCCGGUGAGUGCAUGUAGUAGUUGAGAAGGGACCAAAUCUUUAUGAAAAACAUACAGAUUGUGUUUAACCUAUUUAAACUGAGAAUUAAAGUGCCAGAUUAAAAGAUUAACGUGCUCUGUCUAGUUAAUUUUUGAUGCUCCACUCCCGUUACUGACCUUCAGAGUCACCUAGAAGGCACUGGAAACACCUUCUCUGGCAACUUGGAGCUCUGUCAUCAAUAGACGCAGAUAAUGGAGGCAAUGCAACAUAUGCAUUUAACCUUAUUAGUGUCCCCUCUAACUAGGAUAUGCUGAGGUACCCAGUGAGAUAUUUUCCUACAUUACCUGCUUGGUGAAAUUAAGGGGAGGGGGUACGUAAAUUGCCUUGUGUGGCAGAAAUCUUAGCCUCCCUCCUUCAUAAUAUUGUGCAACUCACCUGUUGCUCUCUAUACUGCAUGUAUUUUGGUCUGUUAUAACAUUUCCAGUGCCUUCAAAGGUCAGGUUAACUUAAAAAUAUAAAAUGUUUAAAAAAAAAUUCAAGCCCAUCGAAAGCAGACUUUGUUAUUCUUUAAUCUUUUGAUGGUUUAGCUUCUAUCUUGGGAGCACAUUACUGGAUUUAUUGCUGCUUUUUAAUAAAUUCUGUUAAAA